AGAUAUCUAUCGAUUCUAUAAUGACUUCUAGCGAGGUCUUGAGUGACAAUACAGCAAUUGAGGCCACUUCUAUUGUGACAGUGACUCAGACAACAGGAUCCGUUCCGUCAAUCACGGAGGCACGGUCAACGGUUGCCGUAACUACUGCCCCAGUUCAUGCUACUACAAGCGUUUCCGUGUGUAACGACAUCCCGUUUGUCAUUAAUGCAGAACGAAUCGGAAAUGACACCGGUGUGAAUUCUACAGUGACUUAUGUUUGCGACACAGGGUACCGUUUUCCGUCAAUGGAAAAGGAGCAGACGAUCACUUGCACAGAAAAUGGCACGUGGUCAAAGAUGGCGCUUCCUCCAUGUUCAGUUGUAAUCUGCCAAGAAAACGAGCUUCAAAACAUCACAAACGUGAACACGGUAAUCUAUACAGAACCAACCGUAUAUAACACGUUGGUUACAUAUUAUUGCAAGAAUGGAACAGUUUUCCCGGAAGGUGGAACGAAAAGGAUCGGUAGAUGCUCCGACUCGGGUCAAUGGGUUCCGAAUAUCAAAGCAUGUGGAGCCACUGGAAGCACUUUGCCAAAGGCCAGCGUCGGGUCGACUCCUCCCCUUGAAGCCGAGGGAGCAGAAUACAUCGGCUCUUUCGCCAUAAUCAUCCUUGUGGCAGUUUGCGGCACGAUCGUGUUACUGGACCUGUUAACUUUGCAAAGACAUCUACGCUAUUUGCAUAGGAACGUUCGACAUACAGAAUGGUUCCGCAGAUGUUUUGGAAAGAAAGCUAAGAAACGUAAAACAAUGGCGUACCAAGAAACAGCGGUUCCGAAGAAAAAAACUUAAGGAUGAAAUGAAAGAACGAUAUAUAUACAAGUAGCUGCAGGCCGACAUGAAUACCUAAAUUCUUAAAUUAUCCGACAUUUCAUUAUACUUCGUUAUAACCUAAAACAUGACAAACGAACGACCUCUAAAUUUAACGCGAGAAGACAGACUUCGAGCAGAUAUAGCGAAAUAUUCAUUCCGUAAUUGUAGACAUACAUGAACUGAUAUUUUCAUUUACAGUAUUAUCUAGGGAAGGACUCCAUUUUGAAACAAGAUACCAGGGGAACUUUAAAUUUCCAGUUAAAAAAACUUUGCUUAAAAGAGGAAAAUAUGAAAAAAUGACAUCCCUAAAGAGGAAAAAAAAGCUACACGUAUAAAUGUGACAUAAGACUAUAUAAAGGAUGAAUAUCAAUCUAAUUUAUUUGCCACGAUACAGAAUUAUCUAUACAAUGUAAUCUAUUUCUUGUGAGGACCAGGAGUGCACCUCUCUCAUCCUCUCUUUUAUUUCUUGUCAUUGUUUUUCAUCCAAUAACUGUGAUAUUUUCUACAUUUUUUUCUUUUUUAUUAGUUAAACAUAAAAACAGAUCAUAUGCAAAUCCUAUGUUAAUUUAUUAUCGCACAAUAUCCACGAAGAUAUAAAAGUAAAAAUAAAGAAGAAGAAGAACAUUAAAUAUACUGGUAAGUGCAAGUUCAUCUGCCGUGCGAUUGUUAUAUUACCACACAUAAGUUUAUCAGUAGUAAAAAAAACUCCUAGCAUUGUUUGUGGAUACACAUUUACAUUUCCUAGAGAUUUCAACUCCAAUAAAAUAAAAUUUAACCAAAGAUGCGAUUGGUCAUUCAUGCAUAUGGAAAUCAUGUCAAGGAUUAGUCUAUAUAUUUUUCUCUCAGUUCUGAGUAACGCUUGCCAAAAUACAUCUUGACAAGAACCGUGGACGUACUUUUGUGCACAAGUUUCACAUUUGAUUCCAGAUUUGUUUUUUAUAUAACUCUCAAUCUUGAUAAAUGCUCCAAUUAUGUAUAAGUUAAAUGGAUAUUCAUAAACAUCAAUCCACACGUACAGUUUACAUUUUGUUCAAUGUUGUCACAAAAACAAAAAUGAAAAACUUCAUACUAUUUCCCUGAGAUACUACAAAGCAUGUGCCAGCUUCAGACGCUAAUCUGCCUCCCCGUUUAAAUACAUUGUAAUCAAAUGAUUCAAUUAAUUAAAUUUUCCAUCGAACAAGUAAGUAAUCACCUGUCCUUUGGAAAUUACAGUAGGUUGGACGGAUUGUUUGAUUUUGCAGCUGAAUGUUGUUGUUAGUUAUUUCUCUAAAUGUUUGCCAGCAUUAUUGGCGGGUUAUUUUUCGUCUUUAUGAUUGAA